CCCUUUCCCUUCCCGCCUGUGCGCGCGGCCCAGUCGAAAGGGCGGAGCGAAGCGCGGCCCGCCGCGACGGCGCAUGCGUAUGCGUGCGCGCGCCCCGUCUCGCUGCGUGCCCACGUCAGCCCGCGCUCGACCCCGGAGGCGGGAGUUUGUCCUCGCGGCUGCUCGGCGUGGGGGCGGGGUCCUGGAGAGCCAGACUUGUGCGGCACGGCUGAGAGCUCUCGGGGUCGACAGGUCCAACUGAGAUGGAGGCAUGCAGCGGCCGCCCGCUCCCCGGGGAGGGUCAGGAGAACCAGAUUCGCAGGGGCAGCGAUGGGCUAAUCCCCCGGGAGGAGCUCACGCCGGCGGGAAUGAGUCAGGGCAAGCAUCAGCGCCAACUUGAUAGCCAAGAAACAAACGGAAGGAAACCCGUCAUCUCCGGUUCAAGUGAUUUCAGUGACCCAAUUUACAAAGAAAUUGCGGUUACCAAUGGAUACAUUAACCGAAUGAGUAAGGAAGAGCUCCGAGCUAAACUUUCAGAAUUCAAGCUUGAAACCAGAGGUGUGAAGGAUGUUCUCAAGAAGCGGCUCAAGAACUACUACAAGAAGGAGAAACUGACCCAGCAGCGUGAGGAUGGGGACACCGGCAGCUACUACGACUACAUCUGUGUCAUCGACUUUGAAGCCACCUGUGAGGAGGGCAACCCCCCCGAGUUCACUCAUGAGAUUAUUGAGUUUCCAAUUGUCUUACUGAACACGCACACCCUAGAGAUCGAAGACACAUUCCAGCAGUAUGUGAGGCCAGAGAUUAACACACAACUUUCUGACUUCUGCAUCAACCUCACAGGAAUUACACAGGACAUGGUGGACCGAGCUGACACUUUUCCCCAGGUGCUUCGGAAUGUAGUGGACUGGAUGAGGCUAAAAGAGCUAGGAACUAAGUACAAAUACUCCAUCUUGACGGACGGUUCAUGGGAUAUGAGUAAGUUCCUGAAUAUUCAGUGUCAAAUCAGCAGGCUCAGAUACCCUUCUUUUGCCAAAAAGUGGAUCAAUAUUCGAAAGUCAUAUGGAAACUUUUACAAGGUUCCUCGGAACCAGACUAAGCUGACCAUCAUGCUUGAAAAGCUGGGGAUGAGUUACGAUGGGCGGCCCCACAGUGGCCUGGACGACUCCAAGAACAUCGCCCGCAUCGCGGUCCGCAUGCUCCGCGACGGCUGUGAGCUGCGGGUCAAUGAGAAGAUGCAUGGAGGGCAGCUCACGAGUGUGUCCUCAUCGUCACCCGUAGAGGGCGCCCCAGCCCCACAGAUGCCGCAUUUCCGAAAUUAACAAUUAAGAUUUAUUGCC